AUGAAAGAAAAAGACAUGUGCGAAGCCAACAAAACGGAGCGAGAGGCUCCACCACCAACACCGACGCAGAAUGAGUCGCAGGAUAAUUCGACUUCGGAACCCUCGGAUUUUCACCAUGUUAUAAUCGUCGCUGCCGGCUUUAUCACCAUGUUCAUGACUUGUGGUAUCGUCUUCUCGUUCGGAGUAUACCAGGCAAUCUAUGAGGAGAUGGCCAAGGAGUCCGGAACCCCAUUCACAGGGACAUCGUCCUCGAUCAUCAGUCUUAUUGGUACGCUAUCUAUUGCGCUAAUGUCGAUGGGCGGGCCGUUCGUCAGUGCCUGGGCCAAGCUCUACGGCCCACAGCCGAUCAUCAUGUUCGGAGGCGUAGUGUUUGGCCUUGGAUGUAUCCUUGCCAGUCUAAGUGAGUAUAUCUGGGAGUUCGAGCUCACACACGGUGUCCUCGUCGGUAUUGGCACAUGCAUGGCCUACGUUCCAACCAUGUCCGUCUGCCCAACAUGGUUCAACAAGCGUCGUGGUCUGGCAAUGGGAAUCGUGAUUUCUGGCUCCGCCUGCGGCGGUAUGGUUUGGCCACCUGUGCUCCGGGCGAUUACUACGCAAAUCGGAUUCCGGAAUGCGCUACGCAUCUCUGGAUGUUUGAAUGUUCUCUUCGUGCCUAUCUCCGGAUAUGCAUUGAGAUGGGAACCGAAGUUCCAAGCGGAACUUCACGAACAGAAUGCUGGGAUUUCGAAGAAAACUGGUUGGGCUAAAGUCCCGCUUGUCAAUUGGGAAGUUGCCAAGUCAAAGAAGUUCGUCGCGCAGGCAUUGGGUUGCUUCUUGCAGUCCGCUGGAUAUUCGACACCUCUGUUCUUCUUUGCGGCUUUUGCGCGGUCUCUGGGAUACAGCGUUGCCAUGGCGGAUAACUUCAUCACGAUUAGCAAUGCGGCAAACUUUGUUUCACGUAUUGUGAUCGGUUAUGCAGCCGACAAACUUGGCCGUUUAAAUGUUUUGUAUGCCACCACUGUGAUGAGUGCCAUUGCUACAUUUGCGCUAUGGCUCCCGGCUACUUUUGCCGGCACCACUAUCUCCAUCAAAGCAGGAGAGGUCUUGUUCAUUUUCUUCGUCAUUUUUUACGGCGCUUUUGGUAGCGCCUACAUCUCGUUGUUCCCGGCCAGCUUAAUUGAGUUGUUCGGUGUACAGCACUUUACUUCGGUAAAUGGUGCGCUGUACCUCAUUCGAGGCAUGGGAGCCUUGCUAGGAACACCCUUAACAGGACUACUACUCCCAGGGCAGUCAGCAUUGUCAAGUGUGUCUGUAUAUUGGAGAGCUACUAUAACUGCCGGUGUGCUACUCUUCGCGGCAAGCAUGGCCACGCUUUGGGUUCGGAUAGAAGCAUCCAGCGGAAGAGGACGAGCGUGGAAAGUAUGA